AUGCCCGAAGCGGUACCCACUACCACUCAGGUCUCGACCGAAGUCGGACCUGUGAUCAUCCCCGAUCUGGACUCGUUCCCACCGACAGGCACGCCCAAGCACGCUAAACUGUCCUCGUGGGAUUUCUACCGAUCCAUCGGCUCACCGCAACGCAUCGUAGCACCCAUGGUGGAUCAGUCCGAACUAGCCUGGCGGAUCCUCUCUCGCAGGUAUGGUUCCGACCUCGUCUACACACCCAUGAUCAACGCCAAGCUGUUUGCGGACGAAUCGAGCAAGAAGAAGAAAGUCAAAUACCAAGAGGUCAACUUCAACCGCGAAUUCGCCGAAGAAGGUGCUGCCUCCCUCAGCCUUUCCGAUUCUGACGGAGCGGAUACGGAUCGACCGCUGUUCGUCCAGUUCUGUGCGAACGAUCCGGCGACGUUGCUCAGAGCAGCCCAGGUGGUGGAGGAUCGAUGCGAUGCAGUGGAUCUGAACCUAGGCUGUCCGCAGCAUAUCGCGAGGAGAGGUCACUACGGAAGCUUCCUCAUGGAGGAUUGGGAGCUGAUCUUCAGGUUGAUCAACAUUCUACAUUUGGAACUCAAAGUGCCGGUGACGGCGAAGAUGAGGGUGUACGAGUCGAUGGAAAAGACGAUAGCGUAUGCCAAGGUGUUGGAACGAGCGGGGGCGCAGAUGAUCACGGUUCAUGGGAGGACGAGAGUCAUGAAGGGUCAUCACACGGGGUUGGCGGAUUGGGAGAAGAUCGAGCGGGUGAAGAGGGAGGUGAAGGUUCCGGUGAUUGCGAACGGCAACGUGUUGUAUCCUCAGGAUUGGAGGGAGGCGUUGGAGCGGACUGGUGCGGAUGGCGUGAUGAGCGCCGAAGGUAACCUGUACAACCCCGCGAUAUUCUUCGAAGCGGAGGGCAGCGAAACGAUGUUCCCGAGCAACAAGGGUUUUCCGAGCAUCACGGAGAUGGCCAGAGAAUACCUGGAUAUCGUCGGCAAGCUCAAGACCCCGACGCAGAGCAGUGCGAUCAAAGCGCAUCUUUUCAGGCUAUGUCGUCCCGCCCUGGAGGUGCAUCGUGAUCUUCGCGAGGUGUUGGGCAAAAGCCGAUUCGACAGCAGCGCUACUGGUGCGGAGCGGGUCAAGAGUUACGGAGAGUUUGUCGAGGAACUGGGGAGGAGGUUGGAGGCGGAUAUGAAGGAUCCAAAGUGGGAAGCGAAGCCGGAACCGGCGCUUCCGGGUUCCGUGUCGUACCUGACGGAGGCGGGAGUGGGGGGUAGGCCGGUGUGGGUGCCGCACUGGUUGGCACAGCCGUACUUUAGGCCGCCCCUGGUGACCGAUGAAGAGAAGGGGGCGGGGGAGAAGGAGGAUAGGAAGAGGAGGGUGCUCGAGUCCACCACGGCGAAGGUGGGGGAGGUGGAGGGAACGGUCAAGGAUGAGGGAAAGACGAACGGCGGCGCGAGGGUAAGGUCGGAUAGCGCGGAGAGGGAGGUGCAGGAGGCCAGGAGGGUGGACGAGAAAAGGGUCAGGGUGCAGUGA